AUGUAUAUUUACAUUAUCGUGGGUGGUGUUCAACACGUGAUACCUAGCACGUGGUACCUCCGCUUCGAAAUAUUUGAUGAAAAGGAAAGCAUUUCAGGCGUCCAGCAGCUGAAAUCCUCGGUACAGAAAGGCAUCAGGUCCCGUCUGUUGGAACUAUACCCUCAUUUAGAGAACCACAUCGAUCAAGUCCUACCCAAGAAGGAUACAUUUAGAAUUGUCAAAUGUCAUGACCACAUCGAGAUCAUGGUGAACAGUGCCGGGGAACUGCUGUUCUUCAGACACAGAGAAGGUCCAUGGAUGCCAACACUGAGGCUGCUUCAUAAAUAUCCAUUCUUCUUACCGAUGCAGCAAGUGGACAAAGGUGCUAUAAGAUUUGUUCUUAGUGGUGCUAAUAUAAUGUGCCCCGGACUAACUUCACCUGGGGCUCGUAUGUCGGGUGUGGAAAAAGGCAGUGUUGUAGCUGUUAUGGCCGAGGGGAAACAACAUGCGUUGGCUGUUGGUAUAACAUCACUAUCCACUGAUGAUAUAGCGAAAGUCAACAAAGGCGUCGGCAUAGAGAACUGUCACUAUUUGAACGAUGGUCUAUGGCAGAUGAAACCAGUGAAGUGA